AUGCAAUAAAUUAUUAGCAUUUCUUCUCCCACAUCCCAUUUCCAUAGCCAAUCUCUAUUGUUGCUUCAAGCAACUGAGAUACUAAAAAACUGCGAUGGCAUACAUCUACAUGCCAUGGCUGUUCUUAAUCCAAAUCCUAGUACUAGUAGGAAAAUCCAAAGCUAAAGUUCCAGCAGUCAUAGUUUUUGGAGACUCAUCUGUGGAUUCAGGUAACAAUAACCAGAUUCAAACGAUUGCCAAGAGCAACUUCGUGCCUUAUGGUCGUGACUUUUUUGGCGGCCACCCAACCGGACGCUUCUCCAAUGGUCGGAUUCCUCCUGACUUCAUCUCUGAGGCUUUUGGACUCAAGCCAGCAAUACCUGCCUACUUGGAUCCAACUUAUAAUAUCUCAGAUUUUGCUACUGGAGUUUGCUUUGCUUCUGCAGGAACUGGCUAUGAUAAUGCCACUUCUGAUGUGCUAGGUGUUAUACCUCUAUGGAAGGAAGUGGAGUACUACAAGGACUACCAAAAGAAAUUGAAAGUGUAUGCUGGCGAUGAGAAGGCAAAAGAAAUAUUAAGUGAGUCUUUAUAUUUGAUUAGCGUAGGAACAAACGACUUCCUUGAGAACUAUUACACAUUACCAGACCGACAAUCCCAAUUCACAAUCGAACAGUACCAGGAUUUUCUAAUCGGACUUGCCAAUAAUUUCAUUCACACACUACAUGGUCUAGGAGCUCGAAAAAUAUCCUUAACUGGGGUUCCUCCAAUGGGGUGUUUGCCAUUGGAGAGAACAGUAAACAUUUUCGAUCAUGACUGUGUGAAGGAAUAUAACAAUGUAGCCUUGGAAUUUAAUGGGAAAUUGAAGAGUUUGGUGCCAAAGCUUAACAAGGAGCUUCCUGGUCUUAAACUAGUGUUUGCAAAUGCAUAUGAUAUUUUUCUACAAAUCGUUAAGAAGCCUUCUACAUUUGGGUUCGAUGUUGUGAGUGUGGGAUGUUGUGGCACUGGGUUAUUUGAGAUGAGCUACAUGUGCGAUCCGCAGAGUCCAUUUACAUGCUCAGAUGCAAAUAAAUAUGUGUUUUGGGAUGCUUUCCAUCCUUCAGAGAAAGCAACUCAGAUAAUCUCCAAAUAUUUGAUUAAAAAUUCUCUAGCUAAGUUUCUGUGAUAUAUAUGUUAUAGCGUGUGUUGUCUGGUUCUCAUGCUAUAUGUAGAAGAAAAUAUGGGGCUCAUUUUUUAUAUUUUUAUGAAAUUAAGUUGAGGGGUUAGGAUUUUAUUUUCUUAAUUUCAGAUAUAUUUAAGCCUUUUGUAGUCAACUACUUAGAGUUCUGUUAUGGUACUACUUUAAUUAAAAUAUGUUUAGGGAUGCUUACUUGGAAAAUAAGUUUGUUAGAGAUUUUAAAUAUGCCCUAAUUUGUAAACAAAAUAGAAGUUUAUUAUUAUAAAAUUACUAUCAAUUUAUCUU